GAGCCAUUCUAUUCUUUGCUUCCUCAUGCCCUUUUAUAUGAUAUAUGGCUAUGACUUCUCAUAAUCAGUCCCCUUCGGACAUGUUUGUUGAGUUGGAUUCGGAGUGGAUGCAGAAGCUGUUUGAGGGUCAAGCGGACGCGCGGUGUUUUAAUGAAAUUCACGAGGUCUUUCAGCAACCACUUGCCCAGUGCACAGGCAGUGGCUGGGGCACAGGAGAGAUCAGGGCGGGGUUGUCUGAGCCGCCAGACGAUGCGACCAUUACAGAGCAAGAUGAAGUGGUCGACCAGUCCCUAGUGAUCCAAGCCCUAACGGAGCGGGUGGCAUCGUUGGAGUCUCAAGUCAGGACGCAGCUCGGUGUGAUGAUGGCAAUGCUACACGAGAACACGGAAGAGACGGAUGCCUGGUGCCAAAAGAUCCUCGAAGCAAUCAAAGUAUUGUCGCAGCGGAAGGAACAACCACCGGAUACGGAUCCUCGUCGAAGACAUGGGCCUCGAACGCGUCGAGAGACACGAUUAUCCCAUAAACGCUGA